CAAAUCGAGUUUUCUGAAACCGAUAUAAAUUUCUGUUAUGAUGAAACAACGAUAACAGAGGAGAGAUUUUUCUUUUUUCUACCUCCGUUAAAGCUCGAAUCGAAUUUUAAAGUAGUUAUUUGGGAACAUGGUUUGUGUAAAGUUGCGUACCCUAAAAAAAUCAGAACAUCGGAUUCACAUUUUGCACACGUUUUAAUGUGAACCCUCCUGUAAAGACUUCGGUGCCGUGUGCUACUGGGUGCAAUGUGAAAAAUCGUGAAGCCACAUCACACAUUAUAACAUAUAUUCAUAAAGCACUAAAGACAUCGUGUAACUAUGGAAGAAGAAGAGGAUUAUUUGACGUGUGGUAAAUGUAUGUCUGAGUUUAGACUGGAUAGGAUAACAGAUUUCAUUAAACAUAAAAAACAAAACUGUCAGGAAUCAGUGGAUACAGCUGUAUCAUCAAAUGCUGAGUUGGUUUGUGGUUCCUGUCCCCAGGGAUUUAUGACAGCAGUUGGACUUCUCAGACAUGCUCAGACAAUACAUAAGUUUAAACUGUUUCUUCAAAGAAGUUCUAGUAUAACAGGGAUACAGAAGGUUACUGUAUCUCAAGAAACAGAGGCUGCAAAAAGAAUGAUAGAUCAGUCUAUGUUCCAUUCCAUUAGUCAGUCCUUAGACCACUCUUUAGAAAGGAAUGAUCAGUUAGAAAAUAGGUCUGGAGAAAUAUUGAUAACCUCAAAUCAGCCACAUAUCAUAGACUUACAACAGCCUGAAAAAGGCAUCUUAAAUCUACAAGAAGUACUCAAUCAACACCAAAUCCAAACUGAAAGCCAAAGAAGACCAACUUCAUCAGUAAUAGCCAAGCAUGUAUCUACAACUAAUGAGAUAAAUAUGACUAAUCUUAGAUUACCGCUGUCAAAUCUUCAAACUAAUCCUCUGCAAGGAUUAAGUUUGGGCAAUAAACAGCUAAACAAAACUCAAUUUGACACUCAAAAAGACAUUAAGAAAUCAGACAUUUCUUCACCAGGGAACAGUCAAACAUCUCCACCAGUUUUUACAUCUGAAACUCAUGCUACAGCAAUAACUAAUGAGAAUAUAACAAGCCAUGUGUUAAGUGCCAUUAUGAAUUCUGGGGUUAUCUUUCCUGUAUUAACUAAAGAGGUCAAAAGUCAGUCAGUUACAGACAAUCAGGUUAAUCAACAACCGUAUCAUGCAGCUGAGAAUAUGAAUAAACAAGAAAAUAGCCCAGCUUUGUUAGAUGUCCACCAUAGACAGGUCACUCAGAUAGACCAGUCCUCUGUGAGAAAUGUUCUCACAGCCAACCAAACCAAUUCAUCACCUGAAACCCCAGUGAUUAAACAGCCAGAUGUAUCAUAUGUUACGACUACACAGACUAAUGGUCAAACAUCUAAUCAAGUAUUAACAGGGAUUGAAAUUGGGAGCCAAGAAAUAGAAUCACAGCAGGCAAGUCCUGUUAUAGUUUCCACUAUGACAGAUAAACAAGGAACCAGUCCAUUGUUGGUUGCAGAUGUAACUAAACAUACUGAAUCAAAUAAUCCAGAUUUAGAAGUAUUCAAAGAAAUGGCUGUCAACACAUUGCAAUCAUCUGACAAUAUUGAACCAGGUAUUAUUCAGAUAUCACCGUCAUCAACUCCAAAUACCAACAGCAACGCUAGUACAGGAGAUACUACAGAUAAUGGCUGCUGUGAUAGUCAAAAAUGUGGGGUUACAGUUAUUCCAGGUACUCAUGAAGGUCUUAAAAAAUGCUGCAAUGCCGUUGUUCCAAAAAAGAGGAAGAGACAUUUUGAAACAAAACAUACUUUAUCAAUGAGACAAAAGAUUAUGCGUAGACUCUCUGAUUCCAAUACACUAAGGACAUACCGCAAUAGUGAUAAAAAGAACAGUGGAACUAUAUUUAUAGACCUUGAACCCAAUGAAGAUGGAACUCUAUCUCAAAAAUCUACCGUAGGUAGUGAUAAUGUGUCUUUCCCUGCAGACUUCAGUGGGAUUGGGUAUGAAGUGUCUGGGUUAUCCAGAGAUAGUGGUAGUUUUCUGAACAGAUCCAAAGGGAAAGGCUCUGUCAUUCUCCCCGCUGGAGCUGUGUUCUCUAUACCCAUAUCUUACUCACUCAAAGCUCAAAAUGAUGGAUCAUUGAGACCAUUGAUUAUAUCCAAGCACACAUUCCAGACAGAACCAUCUACUGUCAGCCAGAAUACAGCAUGCACAACUAAUCAAUCAAAUGAAAAUUCUACCAACAGAUUCAGGGUGGGAAAUGAAAAUGGACAAGCAAGAAACAGUACAAUGGAAACUUCUGUUAAUUCACCAGCAGAAAACAUGGAGGAUGGAAGUGAUAGCAGGUUAGAGAUUGACUUAAAUCACGGUGAAGAUGGCGAUCUGAAUCAAUCAAGGAAAAGACGAUAUCCAACUUCCAGACCAUUUAAGUGUGAUAAUUGUGACAGUGCAUUCAACCAAAGAAUUCAUCUAAAAAAACAUAUGAGUAAACAUACAGGUGUGAAACCAUUUAAAUGUGGACAGUGCAGUUAUUCCACUGUAGAAAGAAGUCAUCUGAAAGUUCACAUAAGAAUUCACACAGGAGAGAAGCCAUUUAAAUGUACUUAUUGUGAGUAUGCUACAGCUCAAAACAGUACGCUGAAGAUCCACUUAAAGAGACAUCAUAAACCUGGUGCUGCAAAUAAAUCACCUACCAGUCUUUAGACAGAUGUAAAUAUCAUAUGUAGGUGCUCUAUAAAGGGACAUAACUUAUGGAACAUCAUCAUGGGAGUAAUCGCAACAGACUAACAUUCGAAAUUACAGAACUCUGGCAAUGAACCAAGACAACAGCAAAAAAUAGACAGAGGAGAUAAUCAUCAAGCAGAUAUAUAUUAAUAUCUUAGAGUGACAUUGAUUGAUACUAUUUUAUGAAUUGCAUGUAUUUAGAUUUAAUAUGUUAUUUAAUUAUUUUUUAAACUUCAAAGAAUGGGUUAACUAUAAAAAUCAAUUUUACAUAGUUUUAAUGCUGCUUUCGGUCAUUUCUCCCGAUUGAAUUUGGAAUUGAUACUGGUAGUUGAUUGAAAUGAUACACAAUUAAGAUGACUUGUAGAAUGUAUACCACACCAUUUUAAUCAUCUGCCUAUAAUUUUUUACUUGUAAUUAGUCCAUAAACAAAAACAUAAGUGGCCGUUUGGGCCAAAUUUUUAAUCAAAAGACUUGCUUAUAUUUAGUAGAAAAAUAAAAGA